UUGGCUUUUGGCUGCUGUCACCGUCAGUCACCGUCAGCCAUGGGAGGGACUCCGUGACUCAAACGAGGAAGCCCUCGGACUCCCAGCACAGGAAUCCUCCAAAGGUGCCCCUGUCUGUGACCCCACCAUGACGGAUAAUUCGUUCCGCGACCGGCUGCAGAGGGACGCCGCGUAUUUAACCAGCUAUGGGAGGCUCAGCGAGCAUCUCGUGGACAGAAUCGUUUUACAGCUGAAUCGCGUUUAUCCCCAGAUCCUCUCCGAUAAAGAAGCCGAGAAGUUUAGGAAUCCCAAAACCCCGGUCCGGACGCGACUGUCGGAUCUCCUGAAACAUCUGCAGAGGAAAGGCGACCUGGCGUGUCAGGAGUUUUACCGAGCGCUGCGGAAUAACGGCGAGAAGCUCUACGGCGGAUUACCGAGCCGGAGGAACCUCGCUAAAACCUCCGAUCCGGUGGAAAUUAUCGGCCCCCAGGAGAAAAUCGUUUUAAACGACCGGGGACCCGUGUUUUUCCUGGCUUGCUUCGGCGUGGCCGCGGGGUUGGCGUUCGUGAUGCAUCACAAUAACACAGAGGUAAAAACCGCAGAGGCAUCGAAAAGGGUGUUAGAAUUCACCGCCAUCAGGUUCGGGCGACACAUAAAAAAUAUUUUAAUUUCCUUCCUGGAGGAAGCGUCGCCGACCGAAUGAAAACCGUCCAUCCAGGCCACGCCCCCGUGGCUUUGUGGGAGGGGCUUCUUUCUACGUGGCAUUUCGACAAGCUUGCAACGACCAAAGAACUGCGACAAUGGUAACCGACGGCAUUAACCCUCUGAGUUCUGAAAGAGGGCAUCAAUUCUCACCCUGCUCUUACUCGAAAGGGUUAACACAACCUGUGGUUUUUUUGGGCUACGCUUUAAAAUGUAACCAUCUUCUUACUGUAUAUGCAAAUGUAUUAUUAUCAUAGAAAAUGGGUCAAAACGGGUAAUUUCUCUCGUAUUUAUGUGUGGUUGUUUUUUUUAAAUAUCGCUAAUACUUUUAUAAAAUUUAUACCAACGAAUUCCUGCAUCCAAAGAAAAAACAUCCGCUGCCGGGACGCCAGGGAGGAGUCACCGUAUUAUCUGCACGCCUGGCGUGUACAGGGUUAAUGCUUGUGAUAUGGGCUGCACGGGCGCAUGCUCACCCCGUACGGUAAAACCGGCACGUUUUUAAUCUGUUCUGCAUAUUUCGGCAAAUCAUGCAUUUCCUGCACUGUUUUUUUUAAUUAUUGUAAAGUUAGAAUUCUUUCCAAACCUCCUGUUUUUGUUUAAUAAUUUUUAAAAACGUUUUGAAACAAAUUCCGUGUUUUCCCUGCCGCGGCUCAGCCGUUAGAGACGGGUCACAUCGUAACGUAUAAUCCUGUGCAUCUUCCAUUUUAUCGCAAUAAAGAAUACUUAUUUUUAAACUUUA